GUGUUUUGUGGGCGGGUCUCAGCGCCCCUCCAUUACAGGUCAUGGAAUCUCUGACGUUUGAUGCCAGCCCUCCUAAUAUGCACCUGUCCCUUUACGUCACGCCAUGCUCCCAAUAAGAAAAGCGUGUGAUUGUUUUCCGAAUGAGACAGUGUGCGUAGAUAGUUGACUGGGACUAUAUACCCUCCAUGGAGGUUCUGUUCCCAUUUCAGCUGCAAGCAGACUCACAGGGAACUUCAGAUUGCACACCACGGGAUACUGUUAUUUUUUUGCUUCUCUUCAAAUAUAACAUGGAGGCUUGUGCCCAGAUAGUUAGUAGCCACACAGCAUCUCUGUUGAUGAGCCUGAACCUCCAAAGACAGCGAGCUCAGUUCUGUGACUGUGUGGUCAGACAGAGACAGAGCCCAGGUCAACUGUAUCCUGCACACAGGUGUGUCCUGGCCGCUUCUAGUCCAGUGCUUUCAUCUAUCUUGUCCUCCUCUGGUGCCCUGGUGGAACUGCAGGCACCUUGUCUGACUGGUUCUGUGCUGGCUCUUCUUUUGGACUACAUUUAUACUGGGACUUUGCCAUUCUCACGAAUCCAGCAGUACUACUACAGCCUGCUCACUAGCGCCUGCUACCUGCAGAUGGAUGAACUGCAAGAGGCUUUGAGGGCAUGGCAGAAGACUAAGGCGAGUGAUGCAGAUAAAACAAAUGUUUCCACCGGAAAUGAGAGUGAGCUGUGUAGAAACGUUAUCUGUACAGCUACAACAAACUCCUGUAGUAGGCAUCUACCUUCAACAUGCAGCGUUGACGCAUUAACAAGACAUGAAGAAACAGGAGGGCCGCUGGAGAGAGUGGAUCAUCCGUACUCAUGUGAUAAAGUGCAAAUGCAUUCAACGAGUUUGGAUUCCUGUAUUAAAAGCACAGAAACAGAUACAAGUGGUUUAAAUGGUGCGAACGGCUGUAGUAGCAGGUGUAUUUUAAGUAACUGCAGCAGUAUAUCAGAGGACGGCCCUGAUGGUGUCAACACUGGAAAGUGCACACCACUUACUUAUCUGACACCUCAAGAUUUCAUUCAAAGAAUCCCUGACUCCGCUGAAGAGCGUGUAGUGUCCGAAGUGGACAAAGAGGUGCAAAAGGAUCAGUUUCAUUCAGCUGGCACAGAGACCUGGCAGAAGAGCACAGACGAGGAGCUGGAGAGGAGAGUGGAGGGCAAGAGAAAGUCAUCAUCACCCUCUUCUUCAUCGCCACAUCCGUACUGUGAGGCAGUGCCUGUCAUACGCCACAGCAGCACAGCAGAUAUGCACCAGCUGGCAGAGGUGCCUCCGUACCAUUCAAUAUCCAAGGUCUCAGUCGAUUCCAGCAGAGCUGCCAUCCCACGAUUAGCAAGCAAAGACAUUGACGACAUUGCUCAGGGUGUUACUCCUAAGCAAACAAAUCACCAUGGGGAACAGGAUCAGGAUGACGGAAUCUGUGAGUACGUGACUGGAACGCAGAGUUUGGAUUACCAAAAUAGCUCAGAUCAAUGCGCAGAACAUGGUAAAUGUUACAGAUCGAGUCGAGAUCAACCCGACACGUUAGAACAACAGUACAGCAGCAAUGGAGAUUAUUUUAUGAAACAAAAUGAUGAACAUAAGGACGAUGGAUUAUCCCACAAUACGGAUCAUAAUAACCACUGUGUUUCAUUUCAGAGUAAACAUCACUCUAAAUAUAUUGGAGAUGAUUCGGUGCCACAGAAUAAAAUGUGCGGCCAAUUCAUCAGGGGAUUGAAGCAUAAAGCUGAGCUCAGUUUCGAUGAUUUACCCUCCAAGCAUCAACAUCUGAACUGCUCAGACGGUCACAGCGGCUCAACAACAGCUGCAGCAGAGGAGCUGCUCUCCCAAGAUCUGAGAGACGCAGCCCCACUUCCUAUGGAGAUGUCAGACACAGGAAGUGGCUCUCAGGGGGAAUCCAGUGACAAACAAAGUUAUUCCAGCAGAGCCCCGGCUAGAAUGGAUAGACAGAAGCUCCAUUGUAACCUUCAUGAAGCAAAGAAGGAUUGGUUCCCCACACUGCACAGAGCCCAGUCAAGCACACACGAUACUGCCUCUGCCCGGCAGGAAAAUAAGUCUGACAGACAGAAAAGAGCCACUGCUGCUCUGGAUAAUGUCCCUGGUCGUCUGUUUGACUUUGAACGACACGCAUCACUGGAACUCUCAGAAAUCACAGAGCCACGCUUAACGUUUACAAAGCCAAGGGACAGCAACAUGUCUGACCUCAUGUGUGGUGUGGUAGGACAGUCAUACCACGGACAGCUUCAUUACCACUGCCUACGCCACGAGGACACACGCUUAUUGCACAGAGACUCCGAUCACAAACCUUCUCACGCUGAUUAUUCGAACCAGUCCAGCGAUGAAGAGGAGGAGGAGGAGGCCAAAACAGGUCGCAGGUCUCUGAGGCAGCACUUUGCUACUGGAACCCCCGACCAGGUGCUACUGCUCGACAUUAGUGCGAAGCCUGCAGAGUUGCUUGUGGCUUACAAACACAAAUCAGACGACAUGGUUUUCUGCAAAAAUGACAUAUUUGGGGGUGGGGUCAGUGGGCAACAGGAUGACGCUGCAUCUGUAGCAGGUGUUGAAAAGAGAAAAAGUAGGAAUGCAGCAAGACUAGGGGCUAAGAGUUUCGAUGAGUGCAAGAAUGAAUCUUGGGUUGGAAAGACAAAUUUGGAAAGACCAAAUGACGGCGCCAUUCAAAAAGCUGUCCCCAACCCUGAGGAGGGUGAAAGCCAGCGCGGCAUGUUGGCACCAUGUUCACCUCCUUGUAUACCAGACUGUGUACAAGCCUCAAUAUCAUCUACCUUGUCUGUGUGCAUACCAGCUGCUCUCUCGGCCAGCAUGCCAAGAAAUACAUCAUCCCAUCUGUCAACACCACUCCACCAACCUUUCCAGUGUUCUCUGUGUGACCGCUCCUUCAGUCAGCGCGGCUCUCUGAAUAGACAUGUGAGGAGCCACCUUGGGGUACGGCCCUUUCCCUGCCCAUGCUGCCCUAUGACCUUUUCUCGCCAGUACCGAGUCACAGAGCACAUGCGUGUGCACCAGCGGUUCACCCAUGGGAAUGACUUUCACAAGACUUCUGCAUCAUCGAUUUGAGGACAGGUCACAAAGGUGAAAUGUAUAUUGUCCUGUCACUCAGGGACAGUCUUCAUUCAAAUGUUUUGCUCUGUUUGCAUUUAAGUUAAAGACAAUUAUACGUUUAUUCGACAUUUUACAAAUACACAGAGAAUUUGACAGUAUUAUAUAGUAUGAACUGAAUUACUUUCUCCUUUAAUGCUCUUGAGUUUACAUAGUUAAUAUUGAUUUGUUACAGGGAUCUUGUAAAGCAGUUGCUUUUCAUACAAAUGUUGUAGAUUGUCAGGCAAGUGCUGUUCAAAGUAAAUGAUGGAUUUAUGUUUUA